CGCACCCCCAGUCAUUACCAAUACCAUUCAUCACGGAGAAGCAGACGCAGCUCGACAUGUUGUGGAGAAGAGAUUACACCAUUACGACUAUGCGUACUAUUAUUGCGCUCCGUCUUUUUGCCAACUACACCGGGACCGCAUUGGUGCUCGCCCAGGACAUCACCGCCACGUACACCUCCACGCUCACUUUACCCGUCUUUGAAUGCCUUACUCAUUUACCAACCACUACGACUUCGGCAAUAUCACCAAGAAUGUUUACCGCUACGGCACAACCUAUCUCGACAACCAUCGCAGUACUAUACCAAACCGCUCAACCUACUCCGAUUUCCCCACCCACGCCAUCCACAACUACAACAGAACCGACUUGCCAUCCCGAUAUCGAAAUGUCCACUCACAGCACAUCGAGACACCCUUUGUGGAUUCAACCUGCGACUAUAUCACUACUGUGUUAUGAUUUCGUUGUCAUUGCGGCGUUUGCGUGGUGUUGGGUCAUGGGCUGGUUUUGGUGGUGGAAGAAAAUCGAUAGGAGGGAUGUGCAGAGGGUAAGAGAGACGG